AUGUCGGACAUUGCAAAAGGUGUCAACCACUUGUUUGCCUCUAUCUUCGAGAUCGUCAAAGGCAUCUUCGUCACCGUGUACAAUGUCUUUGAAGGCGCACUAAGCGCCGUCAUUGGUCUCCUCAAAAACACCUUCAACUUGGCUGAAGGUGUGCUUGGCUUCAUCAUCGGAAACAUCUUCAUUAUCGGAACGCUGUGCGCGGUCUACUUCGGGUAUGUCUUGUACCAACAACGUCAAGGCAACCGACCGGCUCCGAUUUCGAAAGUGGCAACGGGGAAGACUCAAUAA